AUGGGCGUCAGCGAAGUGGCUCUCCACCGCGGAUGUCUCGCCAAGUGGAAAACCACCCUCGCCGAGAUGUACAGGGAAGAGCUUCUGCGUCGUCCGAGACAUGCAUGGCUCCGAGGUUGUCUGAAGCAGCUCAAGCCUGCGAACGACGUCCAUUUUGAUUUGGAGGAGAACAACAUCCUGGCAACCGAUGCAAUAGAUUCCGAGGGCAAGCCAUCGAUACGAUUUAAGCUCCACGACUUUGGCGGCUGGAGCUAUGAUAUGGAUGUUGAGUAUACCUGCAUGCUGGCUCCUGGCUACAUGUCGAUGCGCCGGCCACUCAAGCCUGGUCGCCAUCUCCCCGAGCAGAUUGUUCGAGAAUGGGACGAGCAACCAUACCCUGAAGCGGACGUGUUCCCAGCGCGCUAUGCCGGUGCCGAUUUGAACGACAAGGACUCGGUUGCUUCAGGAACAAAGACUCAGAUCGCUGGUAGGUACGGCUUCUGGAGCAACACGUUCAUCAUCGCCAAGAUGCUCGAGAUGGCCAUCACCGGCUACGUUCACACGCAUCCGUUCGCGCCCAAGGUGCCCCGGGACCUUUGGAGCCAAGAAGAGCUGCGCGAGUCUUGUCCCAACGCCGCCCGGAUGACUUGGCCAACAUACGGCUGGCGACUAGCCGACCCGGCCUAUGCGGAAGUUUGCCCCAACCUGCGCUGGCUCAUCAUCGCCUGUCUCUCUGAGGAUCCGCGUAACCGUCCCGCGCCGGCCGACUUGCUGCCCCGGGUAGCCCUGUUCGAGCGCCAGGGGGCUAUGAAAAUGACCCACGAGACCGAUACGUUCUGGAUGCGCAUCAAGGAACCCAUGGGGGGGUCUCAUGAUGCUGAUACUGGUCUCGAUAGCAGUAGUGAUGAUGACGACAGUGAAGAUGACAGCCCGGACGAGGACGACGACCCCAAUGACGAGGAUGACACCAAGGACGCCAAGAGACAGUGCGAAACUGAACUGACGCAAAAGCCCAGCAGCCGCGACGGUGAGAACGAUGGCAAACGCGAAGAUGAAGACGUCACCAUGAAAGACGUCUUCACCGUGUGUGGUGUCAAGCGUAAGAAUACCAUGGACACCGGCGGCGUCUCGGCAACAGACGAGGCCCAGGACGGACACCGCCACAAGAGGGCUCGCCGCCAUCUCGAGCCUCGAAAGGGUGUCCAGUAUAACAUGAAGGCUGCAAGGCGUCCUCUCGUGAGAUGUCGCCCCAGGCUACCUCAGUAA